GGCAACCAAGAUGGCAGCUCGCUUUGGAAGUCGUGGUUUUCAUAAUAAUAUUACUAAACAUGCGAGGAAACGCAUUCAAAGAACUUUCUGCAGUAAAACUGGAAAUAGUGAGAGUAUAGUCAAUGUACCAUUAUCUCAACCAUUACCUAAUUUCAAUUUACCCAAAUAUUCUCUAGCUGAUAAGCAGACUUAUGAAACGAAUGUUACUGUCUUAGAUAAUGGCUUGACUGUAGCUUCACAAAAUUAUCAUUUUAGUCAGUUUUGUACAGUUGGAGUUGCCAUUGAUUCUGGAUCAAGAUAUGAAGUCUCUUAUCCUAGUGGUGUGACACAUUUUCUUCAAAAGUUAGCGUUUGGUGCUACAACUAAAUAUGAUAGCAGUGAUGCUAUAGCUGAAAAAUUAGACAAACAUGGUGGAAUAUUUGAUUGUAUAAGUACAAAGGAUGUUACAUUUUAUGCUAUAUCAGCUGAAAAACGUGGUUUAUCUGAAGCUGUAGAUAUUUUAGGUGAAACAGUAUUACGACCAAAAAUGACUGAAAAAGAGAUAGAAGAUGUCAGACAGGCUAUAAACUAUGAAACAGAUGAUAUUAACAAUGAUCCUAAUCCUAGUAUAUUAUUAGAUGAAAUGAUCUAUAAGGCAGCAUAUAGAGAUAAUACAUUAGGUCUACCUAAAUACGGUCAAAUAGAAAGCAGUCAUAAGAUAGAUAGAGGUAUAUUAUAUACAUAUUUAAACUCUGUACACCUACCAUUUCGUACUGUGAUAGCUGGUGCUGGUGUAGACCAUUCACAACUAGUAGAAUUAACAAAAAAGUUCAUGAUAGAAGAAAAACAACCCAUUUGGCAAGAGAACUCAGAAUUGAUAGAUAAAAGUAAAAAGUUAGAUGGUUCUAUAUCACAGUACACCGGUGGUAUUGUUAAGCAAGAAAAAGAUUUAUCUAAUGUGAGUUUAUCAUCUAGUGCAAUGCCAGAAUUAGCUCAUGUUGUACUAGGGUUUGAAAGCUGUUCUCAUAAUGAUCCAGAUUACAUAGCAUUUUGUGUUCUAUUUAUGUUAUUGGGUAGAGGUAGUUCCUUCUCAGCAGGAGGUCCUGGUAAAGGCUUGUACACCAGAUUAUAUAGAAAUGUUAUCCAAAGAUAUCCAUGGAUAGAAACAGCUACUGCAGAUUGUAUAGCUUAUAAUGAUAGUGGUUUAUUUUAUAUUCGUGGUAGCUCUCAUCCUACUAUGUUAAAUAAACUAGUAGAUGUUAUUAUAAAAGAAUUAUUAAAUACCACUGGAAAGAUAUAUGAGGAAGAAUUAAAGAGAGCCAAGAGACAACUACAAUCCAUGAUGAUGAUGAAUUUGGAAAGUAGACCUCUUGUAUUUGAAGAUAUAGCACGUCAAGUUUUAGCUAAUGGAUCCCAUAAACCUGCUCAGUUUUAUUAUGAUGCUAUAGAUCAAAUUACAGCAGAAGAUAUUAAUCGUGUAGCUAGUAGAAUGUUACGAUCAAAACCGGCUGUAGCAGCUUAUGGUACAUUAGAUAAACUACCACUAUAUGAUGAUAUAGAAGCCAAGUUAGCUUCAUCGUAUACUAGUAGAUUAAAAUUUUCAUCACCAUUCUCUAGAUUGAAGUUAUAAAUAUUAUUAAAUAUAGCAUAUGUUGUUGUUUUUUUUAACCAAUUGUUACUUACCUGAACCCUAUUGUGAAUUUUGAUAUAGGUAUUAGAAAAAUAUUCAUGUAGAAUACAUCCCUCUGUUUGAUGGACUGUAAAUAUUUAAAAGGUGAAUUGUACUUGGAAAAUACAUGUAAUGAUAGGUCUCAUCAGCCAGAUUGGUCAAAGACUUUCCAGUGCUAUUGAUUGAAUUCGCAAGUCAUGUCUCAUUUGUGAGACAUUUUCCAAGCAAGCCAUGUUUCGAUGUGAAAGUGUCUGGCUAUGAAAAUUUUAUUAGACAACACUUGUAUCGACGAAUAUCACACAUAUAAUUAUCAUCAAUAUUGAUAUACACUCUCCAGUUUUGUACAAGAUUUGAUGCAACAAUGUUUUCAUUUUAAAGCAUAUGGCAUGUUUGUAUGUGUCCAUACUUUAUAUCUACUGAUGGUUGCAAUUUUACUUUUGUUUUUUAAUCAAUCCUUGUCAAAAUGAUUAUGUUGUAAAAAGAUGAACAAUUAAAAUAUCUUAAAACUUGAA